GGAGCUUUUCAAAGUUGUUGGCGAUGCUGUUCAUUUGAUGACGAUAAUUACGAUGAUGAUGAUGAUGGCAAUAAUGAUGACGAUAAUGAUAAAAUCACUUAUGAUACUUGCUGUUGUUAUUGUCCCAUUGAAUCCUGCUGUCAUUAAUGAUUCCAUUGAUAAUGAUGUUGAUAUCACUUGUAAUCUUAUUAUAAUUGUCGUUGGGAACCGUUCGAAAGAAGCUUUCCGCCUUUGUAGUAAUAUUCACAAUGUCACAGUAUUAUAUGAUAGAAAAGGAUAUAGAAAAAAAAAAGAUGGAGCAUUAGAAAUCGGUACGUUCCAUCCGUCGUUCUCUUUCUCUUACUAUUAUUUUAUUCACUUGCCUUUGAUAAUAAUAAUAAAAGUGUUUGUCUUUUUUCCAAGUGGAUAGUCAGGGUAAUGAUGUUCGCAUCCAAGACCAGAAUGCUAAAGGUACAUCUAUUUUAGUGGCCAAUUGAAUCUGUCGCUUUGAAAUAGUCGUUUGAACAUUUACUUUAUAAUUAUUGUGUUUUCCGUUGGUGUUGCUGCUUUUAUUUUCUGUUGCUGUAGAUAUCAAAAACGUACUUCCCAACUUUCAUUGCCGAUUGUGUUUGAUAAUAGUAUACGGAAGAACAGAUAAACGAUAAUGAAAGAGAGAAUCAUUCAAUUCAUAAAAGUAUGUUGAUACCAUAAGAAUUAGAAAGGUGUAAUGUAAAAACAGAAAAAGAGAUGGGAAUGCAUAUUGUACAUUAGAUGAAUAAAAAAAAAA